UGAUUAUUGAUUAUUGAUGCAUUCAUGUGUUUGUCUCUUUAACGGUGCAGCUGGUCAGGGUGGGGCUCUGCUGGCUAACACUGAAACCAGAUCUGCACCAUCACUCUGCUGAGGCCAUCAGGAAACCUCCAGCAGACUUAGAUCACAUCUGGACCUGAGAUCACAUCUGGACCUGGACCUGGACCUGAAAUCACAUCUGGACCUGGACCUGAGAUCACAUCUGGACCUGGACCUGAGAUCACAUCUGGACCUGGACCUGAGAUCACAUCUGGAUCUGGACCUGAGAUCACAUCUGGACCUGGACCUGAGAUCACAUCUGGACUUAGACCUGAGAUCACAUCUGGACACAUCUGUCUGAGCUGAGUGUUCCAGAAAAACUCCAUCCUUCGUCUUUCAUCUGAUCCUGAAAAGCAGAACGAUGGGUAACAUUUGGGGUAAUGCGACGUUACCCGAGGAGCAGAUGACGGUGCUAGAGGAGAAAUUUCUGCAGAAUUUUGUGAUGAGACUCGCCAGGGGUCCAGAUGUGACCGUCCACAAGAGCCUGGAGAAGUUCACCAGUCUGUCGUCUUCAGACAAUCUGAGACAACAUUUCGAGAAGAGGAAGAAGAAGGCGGGCAAACGCGCCGCCGACUGGAUCAAGAGCCUGGCGGAGAAGCUGGGUGGCUUGACAUCAGCUCCUGAACUGGCGGGCCUCGGAGCGCUGGCCAUCGCCGUCUUCAUCGACACGGUGUCCUCCAGUCCGCCUGAGGAGAGCACGAAGGACGCUCUGCGAUGUGUGUUUGCUGAGGAGAAGGCCUCCGAGGUCUGGGAUCAGAUCGACGAGUGCCUGAAGAGAUGCAUGAUGCACGUCAGGAACAAAGAGCAGCUGAGGAGCGACAUGGAACGGAUGGAGUGCCAGCUGAGCGCCGCCCUCACCAAGCUGAAGAACUCCAUGGUGAGGGAUGGGUACUUGUCCUCUGAGGCUCUGAGGGCCUGGGUGAACGGGGCAGCCUUCCACAUCCAGAUGCUGAUCCACCUGGUGAGACUCGGAGGAAUCCAAACCUGCGACCCGGUAGAGAGAAUCCUCCUGGCUUACCGGAGCGACCUGGACACACUGUUCAACAAGCACAGGGAAAUUAUAGAAGCAAAGUGCAUUAUGGGAGAGCAGAGUUACUGCAUGGCCCCUAAGAAUAGAUUUCUGGUGGAUGAAGAUUCAAAGUGGUACGUCAUGGAUCCCAUCACCAGCUAUGAGAAAUAUUUUGAGGCUUAUUAUGAUCACAGGUACGGCCGGCAGCAGACUGAGGUCCAGCAGCACUUCAGUGACGUCAGAGAGAACCUGCAGAGUCUGGUUCAUCAGAGAGGAUCCUUCAACAUCUGAUGAACCUGCAGAGUCUGGUUCAUCAGAGAGGAUCUCAGGUACAUGUGAUUCCAUGAUGUCGUGCACUGGUCUGGGUCUCCAGACCUUUUUCUAUAAUCCUGGAGCGGUCCCAGUUUCAUGGAUGUCUGUUUAUAAAGAUAUCUAUACACGUGUCCCCUACUUGUGUGAGCAUAACAGUUCUAUGUUCAUGUUCUUGUCUCUCUGUUGUCACUGUAAUGUGAAUUGUUCUGUGUGUAUCAUUAAAACCAGUCAGGUUGAUCGUGUUCUUGGCCAAUAAAGCUGAAGUGAAACCAACGGCACGUUUUACAAUGAAAGAGUCGACAUGUUGAUAACAAACACACUGACAUCAUGAAAAACAACAAAUAUAGAUAUAGAUAUA